AUAUAGUGAAUUGUUCAUUCAUUUCACGCUAUGAAAUUUAACCUAAACUUCAAUAAUAUUUUCAGUGCCUUCAGAUCCAUCCAGUUGGUGAGAGGAAUGCACACCAAAGCCUUCACAGAUGCUCACAAGUCAGAGGUUGUGUUAGCUUCCCAGUCAGAUAUGGUAGUGACUCAGUGGGCAUUUUUUGGACUAGUCCUGACACAUGGACCGCAGCUGGGAAUUCACUGCACGAGGUCUGAAGAAGAGAGUCUUGUCCACUUCUGGAAAUGUAUUGGAUACCUCUUAGGCAUCGAUGACAGGUACAACGUGUGCUCAGGUGAGCUGGAGGAAGUCAGACGAAGGUGUAAAGCAAUACUCAAGACGGUCAUAGUAGAAGGUUUGCGAAAUCCUCCUGAAGACUUUGCUAUCAUGGCUGAUAACAUGCUCCACGGGAUACACAUGAUAACUCCUACGGUAGAUCCAGCAGCCUUCGUUGCCUUCACUCAUCAUCUGUUCUCCCUUCAGUGUAGCAGUCAAAGCUUAUCGUGGUAUUCUACCUUCAUGUUUAAUCUUAUGACAUGGGUCUUCGAAUAUGGGGUUUGCUGCAUUCCCGUCCCUUGGAGAAAAAUUUGGGGUCGCUGA